AUAAGAGUAAGUGCAAUGCUGACGUUUUAGGAGUGAAUGGAAAUGUUGUGAAUGUUCCCAAUUUUGAUAUAAUAUCAGCGACGCAAAGCAGGACACGAGUGUUGUCAUUCUUGUUAACACUCCCAUCCGUUACCCCCAAAAACUCCUCAGCCGCCACUCUUUUGUAAAAAUGGUUGUGGGUGUUCUUGCUUUACAGGGAUCUUUCAACGAACACAUAGCAGCAUUGAAAAGAUUGGGAGUGAAAGGGGUGGAGGUGAGAAAGCCACAACAGUUGCAGAAUGUGAGCUCCCUUAUCAUUCCUGGUGGUGAGAGCACUACCAUGGCUAAGCUGGCCGAGCUCCACAAUCUGUUCCCUGCUUUGCGCGAGUUUGUUCAAUUGGGGAAGCCAGUAUGGGGGACAUGUGCAGGCCUCAUUUUCUUGGCAAAUAAAGCAACUGGGCAGAAAACUGGAGGACAGGAACUGAUUGGGGGCCUUGAUUGUACCGUACACCGAAACUUUUUUGGGAGCCAGAUACAAAGCUUUGAGACAGAACUUCCUAUUCCUCAAAUUGUAGCUAAAGAGGGUGGUCCUCCAAGUUUUCGUGCUGUUUUUAUCCGUGCACCUGCAAUCCUUGAUGUAGGACCAGAUGUUGAAGUGCUGGCAGACAUUCCUCUCUCAGCCGUUGAAACUAUUAGUUCCAAUCAUGCUAUUCAGAAGGAAGAGGAGUCUACUGAGUCUGAAAAGAAAGUGAUUGUUGCUGUAAAGCAAGGGAACUUACUGGCUACUGCUUUUCACCCAGAAUUAACUGCAGAUACUCGAUGGCACAGUUAUUUCUUGAAGAUGGUGCCUGAAAUUGGAGAAGGAACUUCUGCUAUUGUCUCCGCGCCCACCGCAGAUCAAAGCUUCCCAGAGCGAUCAGUAAUUGAUUUCCCCAUAUACCAAUAGCAGAAAAAGAAAAUGUUCAGAAUUAACUGAAAAUCAUAUAGAAACAUCGAGUGACUGCUUGUCGCCAUGGUUACCUUAAUUUAUGUGUUUUCCCUUACUCUUGCUUGUUGCUUUAUUACUAAUCUUGCAUCCUAAAUGCUGUUCCUACUGGACAGAAAGUAUUGAUGCUAUUCAUUGUUGUACAUAAUAGUACAGGAUUAUCUUUUUGUUUGCCUCCAGGAUCUUAAUCAGAAAGCUGUUUUUAUGAAUUAAAA